CAGAUGGAUGACUAUUUCCAAUUGACUCAAACUGAAUCAAAUGUGUUCGUCUUCUAUGGCCUUUUCCCAUCCAUCGGUCGCCAUCCCAAGGUCAGGACCUGCCCCCUUCCCACAAGGAAAACUGAAACCCUCCCCCCUCCUAGAGGGAGCCAAAAAUUGGCGCUCAUCUAGUCAUCAUAUCCAUUGUGACCGACAUCCACCUGUGGCAUGUCGUUUCUGCAUGGCUCUCUGUUAAAACUAACUGGUCUAAGUGUCUAAUACAAAAGUUUUCAGCCGUAUUCGGCUACAACAGUUAAGUGUUGAAAUCCGGUGAUGUAUCAAGUGUUACUUGAGGUGCUGAACAAUCUAUUGACUGGCUUUUAUUCAUCCAGUUCAGCAAUCAGCACUUGCUUAAUUUUUGAAAAGAGAGAAAGAACAGCAACGGCAAAACGGUCAGCUGAUUGUCAUUUGGCGGGAAUGCAGCAGCCCCACUUAAACGCCCACGGUGUUCUAGUUAAUUUUUAGAUGGCUGGGCUGCGUUUGAAUACAAUUAAAGGCGACAGAAGUUCUCUGCUCAAUUCCAGGUGGCGUCUAUGGCGUGGUAUAUAAAGGACUGUUCGAAGAUCGUGAUGUCGCAGUUAAAAGAGUUUUAUCAUAUGUUGUUAACGAUAGAGAAGAGGAGGCUAUGCUGAAGUUAGAUCAUCCGAAUAUUGCCAAACUUCUUUAUUGUGAAAGUGACAACGACUUCAGAUACUAUGCACUGGAAUUAUGUAAAGCCUCUUUAGAUAAGCUGUUCUUGGAUUCGAAUGACCCCCAAAAAUACGACGGACCUAUACCACGACACAUCGAAAUUUUCCAUCAAUUGGCUGUAGGCCUGGAAUACAUCCAUUCAAUGAAAUUGAUUCACCGAGACAUUAAACCGGAUAAUGUUCUCAUUUUCGUCCCUUCUACUGAUCAAGGAAAUAAGAUAAUAAUCAAAUGGGCAUAUUUUGGAUUGUUAAAAGGCGUAAAUGAAAAGGGAACGUACACGUUGAGUGAAAUGAAAGGAAAAAACAUAUGGCUUGCCCCAGAGUCCCUGAAAUGGAUCACCAACCUACAAGAGGGAGUUGAGGUUCGAGGCACCACCAAGAGCGACGUGUUUGCCCUAGGACUCGUCUACGGUUAUCUUUUCUUAAACGGACAACAUCUCUAUGGUUCUGUUGAACAAGUUAGAAAAAACAUAAUUGAAAAAAAUCCGACUAACAUGCUAAAAAUUGAAGGCAAAUUACGCCAAUUAUAUGAGAAAGACCUACUAAGUAAAAUGUUGGAAGACGACCCUGACAAGAGAAUUUCUUCAGAAGAAGUAGUCGAACAACUGAAAUCCAUCAACAAUAAGCUCACUGAAAAAAAUGAAGAAUUGCGUCAUCUAUGUGCCCGUGACUCUUCAUCUCGUCUAAUAGAAAAAAUCAACGACUUAAUUUGCCUUGACAUUGAUGUGAAUGAAAAAGACAUUAUUGGACGGAAUGCGCUCCAUAAUUUGUGUGAAAAAAAUUCAAGCUCAAAUUUAAUUGAUGCAAUUCAACUCUUAAUCCAACUGGGAAUUGAUGUCAAUGCAAAGGAUAAAUAUGGACAGGAUGCGCUCCAUCGUUUAUGUAGGAACAAUUCAAACUCAAAUUUGAUCGAGGCAAUUCAACUCUUAAUCCAACGGGGAAUUGAUGUGAAUGCAAAGGACGACGAUGGACUGAAUGCGCUCCAUUAUUUGUGUUGCAACCAUUCAAACUCAAAGUUAAUCGACGCAAUUCAACUCUUAAUCCAACGGGGAAUUGAUGUGAAUGCAAAGGACAAAGAUGGAGAGAAUGCCCUCCAUUAUUUAUGUCGAUACAAUUCAAACUCAAAUUUAAUCGACUUAAUUCAACUCUUAAUCCAACGGGGAAUUGAUGCAAAUGCAAAGGACAAAGAUGGAGAGAAUGUGCUCCAUUAUUUGUGCCGAUACAAUUCAAACUCGAAUUUAAUCGACGCAAUCCAACUCUUAAUCCAACUGAAAAUUCAUGUCGUAUCCAAUGUUAUCGAUGCACGAACUUUGAUUCGCUGUAAUAAUGGAAUAAUUAACAAGGACGAAAUCCUAAAACUACUCGACGAAGCAGCUCUUGUCCAGUCAAAAUGAAAAAAAGAUCAAAAGCUACUCCUGAUCCUGACUUUUCACAUGGCGAAUACAUUUCCAAUGUAUGUUUCAUUUUUGCGUUUCUUGUAUCGUCUUAUGCAAACAAUUCUUACUAAAACGGAAUAAUGUAAACUGGCUGAGAAUUUAAAAUAAACCACGUAUAGAAUA